GUCGCUGUCUGGUUCUGCGAGUAUGAAGUCGUUGAAGUGUUUCCUUGACUUUUGGCGUCGUUUGUUUUGUGGCUGUCAACACGGUGUGUAAACACCUUUUCGGAGCAGAACCGGGGAGAGGGUGUCUGCAUUUAGCGGGGGCGCAGGGCUGCCCUCAUUUAUAAAAUACCUGUGAAUGGAAACGGUAGCGUGAUACUCUUCCCUCUGUCCCCCCCGGAGCCGAGCAGGGUGAAGCCCGGAAGAGGAGCCAGUCUCUGGGUGGUUCAUUGUGGCAGCUAUUCAGCGCUCGGUGACGACGAUGGCAGCGGCGACUGUUGUAGAGGCUGACCCGGCGGCGAGCGAAGGAGGUGCCGCUUUCACUGGCGUCAGUAACCGGGGCUGGGAUGAGUCUCAGCUCCGGAAUUAUUCUUUCCCAACGAAGCCCAUUCCCAGGAUGUCCCACACGGACCCCCGAGCAGAGAUACUCAUAAACAACGAGGUAAACAAACCGAGUUACAGAUGCUGAAACUCUGAACUCAUCUGACCCAUAUAUUGUUUUAAAGCAAGAACCACAGGCUGACAGCUCACUAAUCCCGCUUUUUUUUGUCUUAUAGUUGAUUUAAGGAGGACUAACUUGGAGAUUCAUAUUUUCUAUUACUGUAAAGUCUUGUUUAUAUGCAGUGGGGCAUUGAAACUGAAAGUAAAUAGUUUUAAUGUGUGUCAUCGUCUACUUUUGACCUCAUUUUAGAGAUCAGGGACUCUGUUUCAAAAGCGAGACAGGAAGGUGAUAUAUAAAGCUAGUGAUAGUUUUAAUAAUUUCAUUUGCAUCACAAAAGGCUUAAGGAUUUAUCCCUAGAAUGUGCAUCACUGACUUACUCCAUCAUUGUCAUUAAAAAGACAGGUCCAGCAUGCAAAUGUAAGUACUUUUAUAGAUUAAAGAGAGAAAUCAAAUAGAGAUUAUGAUUCAAUGCAAAGACAAUCAUAUUUUCACUGGUGGUUUUCCUUUGUCACUUUAGUUUGUGAUACUUUUGCAAGCUUUAACAGUGAAGUCAACUCAUACAUUCCUGUUAAUUAUUGCGGUUAACUGUCUCAAAGUUAAGCUGAAAAAAAUGUGUUUAAUUCAUACAGAGAGCUAUUCACAAAGUGUUGACAGGUUCAUAUUUAUAUGUUUACAAGUUUAAAUGUUUUUCUCUGCAGCUGUUUUACAGGGUUAGCAGAUUAUGCAGAAUGUGUUUCUGAGGUUCAUUUACAUUUAUUUUGAGGUCCUAGCCUCUGAUCGGUAAGUGCUGUGACAUGUGAUCAGGGUUGUCCAGGAUGUUAAGUUUUUGGGGCUAUGUUGUGGGAAUGAAAAGAUGGCUGAAGAGUAAAAGUUAUCCGUCUCCAUCCUGCUGUUUCUCAUCAUUAGAAUUAUCCAACCACCUUACAUUGAACCUUCACGUUACACUUCCGAUGUCAGAAAAAACAAAGACAUCUAUUGUUACUUUGGCUCUCCCUGGGACUAUUUCUAGCCAAGAGCAAAACAGGUUGUGGUUCUUUUAAUUACAUUCUCAACAUAACUAUGGGUUUUUUACACUCUCUUGCAAGUUAUUAAAUUCUUUCAUGAGCUGCAUUCAUGGGUUGUUAUUACAAGAUGACUCAUUGACAUGCAACAUAUUUUAGCCAACAGGUUUUUAUAAAAUGAUAACAUUCAGCAAAACUGCUAGGCCUAUCAGACAUCAGUGACAUACAGGUAUCAUUUUUCAUCCUCCGUUUCUUCUCACUGAUCAAAUUUCUUGUCCACAUCCAGUUUAGGAUGAGUCGAUUGCACUUAGACAGUUUUGUUUCCCUGGCUCCAUAAAAUAUUAUUGUGACUUCAAAAAGUAGCCAACGUGAGAUAAACAUUAUAUUAUUUUUGACUGUUACAAUAGUCAUUAUUCAGGUGAAAUUGUCUAUAAGGACUCAGUACUUGGGAUGCUUCACCCUGUUUUCAAGGGUAUUUUUUAAAUAUGGUGUAAAAACAACUAAACAAGGCAUUUAACAGAGCCAAACAAAAGAGAACAGGCCAGGACAAUAAUAAAUCCUUCAAUGGGUUUCCACAACAAACAUUUUAAUUAUGAUAAUCUGGAUAAGGUUUUCUUUGCUGAAUUUGCUGUUUUUGUAAUUGAAAAAUUUAAGAGAAUUGUCUUAGAUAACAUUGAUUAAUAUGUCCCAAAUAAAGAAUAGUUUUUACUACCUGUAAGAGCUUUAAGCCUGCUUCCAGUUAGGUCCCAGGUGGAAUAAACUAGCAUUUAACAUUGUUACUGUUUGCAUAAAUCAAAAAAUGAGACACUUUAAGAGUUAAGAUUGGUAUAUUUAAAAUGCGUUGAGGUGGGGCUGGGUGAUAAAACAAUAACAAUAUAUCAAAAAUUAAUUUCCCCCAAUAUCAAUAUAAAACAUGGUCAUUCUGUCAUGUUUUGGUAGACUACACAAAUAGCCAAUGAAAAGGGGAGUUGCUCCGGGUCCGCUUCGCGCUGAACCAAUCAUGUGCUGAAUCAGAAUCAAGUAGCAAACAAUUGUGUAGUAGCAGGCUGCAGCUACAUGGAACUAUAACACUUCUAACACGUGAAGCCGACAGCACUGUCAGUGAGAAAAAUGAAAAUGAGUGCUACCCUCAACAGAAAUGCAGAUGAAGGUUCAACAGAUGAUGACAUUGUCGACAACACUGGCACGAAAGUAUUGGAGGUGUGGAGGUAUUUUGGUUUUUUUUUUAGGUCGGACAUGAAGCAGAGUAAUGUGCACUGCAAACUAUGUCGAGUACAUGUUCUCGCAAAGUCGGGGAAUACCUCAAAUCUUUUUCACCACCUGAAGCAGUGCCACGCGGCAAAGUAAAUGCAAUGCAAACACCAAGCAGAGCAAGGAGCCCACGGCGCCUGUGCAGCUGACCAUUCAGUCUAUUUUCUGUAGUGCACCACCUUAUGACAAAAUGUCAGAGACACAAAGACCUCACAGAUGCAGUAGUUUAUUGUAUUGCAAAAGACAUGCUACCAAUAAGCACUAUUAAAUUUAAUUUUUUAUAUCGUGAUAUACAUUGAUAUCGACUGAUAUGAAAAAAUAUAUUGUGAUAAACUUUUUCCCACAUUGCCCAGCCCUACAUUGAGGCGUCAUGUCAGUCAUUUCAGAGGUUCACGGCCAGUGUACUUAGUUUGGCAAGAGGAAUGUAGUUUAAGAUGACUGAAAGGAUGAUUUUCAAAUUUGUGUUUUACCCUUUAUAAAACUUAAGUAUGUCAUAACCACUGACUGUACAUGCAGUCUAUGGUUGUACACACAGUCUAUGGUAAUGACACACAUCCGGAGUGACCUCCCCCUUUCCCCUGAUUUGUACUCUUACAAACGCGCUCGUGCAACACUGUCACGAGCACAGUAAGUGUGAAAUGACCGUGUUCACGCUGUCGAUACAUGUCAAUGGAGCACAUCUGUUAGCGCACUGUGUUCACACGACACGCGCCCCUUCCUCAUGAAGAAUUUGCAUAAACUGACUUAUUUUCGUCCACAGAAAUGAAAAACGAAGCCGAGUUUGCUCAAAACAAUCGAUUUCAAACGCGUCGAAGCACAGUGUGUUUUCGGUUAUUUCGUCCUUGUCGCUGGUAGAUGCAGAGAAACAGAAAGAUCCCUAAGUUUAGAUCUGUUUUAGCUCGCGGGGACUCUGCUGGGACUCCACGCUAUCUCCUCCUGCGAAAGUGAAACUGAGAGAGGCGAUGCAGACACAGGGAGCGCGAGCGCGUUCACCGGUGUACGUUCAGUUUGUCACGUAGCCCUCGUGCUCGGUGAUAUUAACUGCCAUAAACCGUAUACUUUACCCAACUGGUGUAUGUUGAAACUUAUGUUCCGUUUUCUUAAAAAAGACGAAAAUAAAGUAGUUUUCAGGAUGUUUUAAAUAACCCUGUGUCUGAGCAAGCAUGCAUCAUCUCUCAUGUGUCCUAGUGUUUCACUUAAAAAGGAAUGAGGUCACUCAAGUUGAACUUUGUUUACAGAGUUUUAUGAAUCACUUAAGUAGAAAUUUUACAGAAAAGAUGCAUCUUCUAGUUCUAACCAGGAAAAAAAAACUGAAAUAGUCAUGAGGCAAUCAUCAAUUCAUGGAGUCUGUGAAGGUUAGAAGCACAUGGGUGAAGGGGUUAGACAUUUAUUUACAAAAAAAAAAAAAAAACAUUUUUCACUCUUGAAAGUGAACUUAGUCUGUCGUAAGUUGUACUAGAAUUGUGUUCAGACCAAAUAAGAUCAUUUUAAAUUUGUUUUAUACAUCAGUUGUGGUAUCUAUGAGUUACAACAUCAGCUCAGAAACCUAACCUUAAAGUCCACUAUUUUAUCUUAGAGGACUAAUUAAGUCAUAAUAGUAGUUCUGGGGUAAGUUGGGAGUAAAGCAGUAUGACGAGAGGAUCAGAGUUUCAGUUCAUAUUGUUGAAAUGUGUUACUUUUUCUUUUCAAAAAUACAGCUGUGAAUGUUCUGAAACACCUAAAGACAUUCUCAUGGCUCAAUUUACCCCACUCCUAUGGUCAACUUACCCCAUACACGGGGUAAGUUGACCAUAAGAGACCACUUUUUUUUGGCAUGCUAUAUUAUCAAGACAGUUAUGUUUACACUCAUUCUGUUGGUUUACAGGGAUGCACAACAUCUUGAAAUAUAUGCAGAUUCACUAGUUAGAGACAAAACUAGGAUUGCCUUGAUGUAGUGAUCCAAAAUAUAAAAAAUGGCUCAUCUUACCCCACUCUCCCCAACUUGUAAUCUGCUAUCUUUGUAUUCUUGCAUUGUUGAAGAGUGCUUUUUGUAGGAAUGUUGCCUGUUGUGUAAAGACCAAUUUACUUGAGAUAAACAUAUUUUCCUGUUAUGUUAUUUGAUUUAAAUGUUCUUUGUCUGUUUGCCAGGAACCAGUGGUUUUGACAGACACCAACCUUGUGUAUCCAGCUCUCAAAUGGGACAUCGCAUACCUUCAGGAAAACAUUGGAAAUGGAGACUUUUCUGUUUACACUGCAGAAAAUCACAAAUUCCUCUACUACGAUGAGAAAAAAAUGUCCCUUUUUGAGAACUUUGUCCCAAAGUCUCAUCGAAUGGAAAUGAAAUUCUCAGAGUUUGUGGAAAAAAUGCAUAUGAUGGAGGAAAGGGGGGGAGAGGAGAGGUAAGACACGGGUAAUUUUUUGUGAAAUGAGAUUAUGACUCGAAUGUGAGAAUAUGAAUAGAUUGCAGUCUGAUGCUCAAUUUAGACCACAUCUUGUUAGGCAAGAUGUGACUGUGCUGAAGGUGUGUUUGACUGCAAAGGGUGUUUUUUUCUCUCUCAUAAAAUGUAACGCAACAGUAGAAAGUGGAGUGGAUGACUAAGCACACAGGGGGAAAGCCUUUCGCUGUAACCUGACUUGACCGGAUGGCACGCACACAGAUCACUUACUAAAAUGAAUUUGCAGUUUGACUUACUGCGAACAGUUGCAGUCGACUAUUUGCCUUAGCAUGGACUACCUCCAUUUAAGUCAUAUUGAUGUUCAUGGCUAAAGUAGGUAUAGUCAGCUGGAAUAUGUAAACAAACCUGUGUCCUGCAAAAGUGUAACACAGUGUAUGACUUAUGAAAAUAAGUCACUAGGACAUGUUACAGGACUCUGGUUGAGGAACUACAUGGCUGAAAUAUUUGUUUAGUUCUUGUUUCAUGCAUUUUUGUCUGCAGGGUUUAUCUGCAGCAGACCCUGAAUGACACAGUAGGCAAGAAGAUAGUUGUCGACUUUCUUGGUUUCAACUGGAACUGGAUCAACAAGCAGCAAGCCAAGAGAAACUGGGGACAGCUGACAUCUAAUCUGCUGCUUAUUGGCAUGGAGGGUAAGGGUUUAAAAACAGUUUUUAAAACUAUCUGACUGCAGUGUUUUCUCCCUAUCAAAUUGUGCUUAAAUGUUCCAUAUUAACAGGCAAUGUGACACCAGCGCAUUACGACGAGCAGCAAAACUUCUUUGCACAGAUCAAGGGCCACAAGAGAUGCAUCCUCUUUCCUCCUGAUCAGUUUGAGUGUCUUUAUUCUUACCCAGUGCACCACCCCUGUGACAGACAGAGCCAAGUAAGCUAUUUCAAUUAAUUCUGUAAAAGCAAAAUUGUGAUGUGUUUCAGUCUUCAUGUUAUUUGUAGAUAAACAUCUUACACUCAAUAAAGGGAUUUGUGUGAUUAAUGCACCAUUCUUAAACUACAGGUCGAUUUUGAUAACCCUGACUAUGAGAAGUUUCCCAAUUUUAAAAAUGUUGUUGGCUACGAGGCUGUUGUGGGCCCAGGAGAUGUGCUCUACAUCCCCAUGUAUUGGUAAGACAUAUUUUUGUAUUCACCUUCUGUUGGAAUAUAGGGCACAGAGUUUUUCGGACACUGUGCCAGAAGAUGUUUCACUGUGCUUUCUGCCAUUUAGUAUCCUUUUUUUAUUUAUUUAUUUAACUGCUUAUGAUAAUGUUGAGUAAUUCAUCUGUGUUGAUAUUUGGUGUUUACAAUGAAUUAUUGAUCCAGUGAAAUAGAUAAGACGGAGAAUGUUAGAGAUAAAGUUCAUGUGUUAGAUCAAUAAUUCACAGCAGGUGGGUGGCGUGUUGUGGUGUUAUGAUACACUCUGAACUGAUAAGAAAUAGUGAUGACUGGCAACGAUAGUUACUGGUGUGUUUUGAUUUCUUAGGGGUGCUCCUCAUUUUAUAAACUUGAGUUUCACUGUGAAUUUACCACAAAUCUAAAACCACUGAGCUUAAAUGCACAAAUCCACAUAUCUUUUUUGGAUUAAUACUUAAUUGACAUGUUUUUUUGUUCAUUUAAAAUCCAGUAAUUGGAACUAUACAAAAGGGUAAAUAAGAUCUGGGUGUUAAUAGUUCUCUUUUUUCCUCAGGUGGCAUCAUAUUGAAUCUCUGCUGAACGGUGGAGUGACAAUCACUGUAAACUUCUGGUACAAAGUACGCAUAUUUAAGUAUCCGCAGCUACAGCAUUUCGGCUAACAUUGCCACACCAUCAUAACUCACCGGUUUUGUUUUCGCUGUUUUGAAAGGGUGCCCCAACACCCAAGAAGAUAGAAUACCCCCUUCGAGCUCAUCAGAAGGUGGCCAUCAUGAGAAACAUUGAGAAGAUGCUUGGAGAAGCCCUUGGAAACCCACAUGAGGUAAAAGCACCCGCUUUUAUAGCCUCCUUAAAAGACCAACCUUUCAAACUUAAAACCUUGUACUGAUUGUGUAAGCAGCUCAUAAAAGUCACACUGCCAGUUUCUUGAACAUCAAAUAAGAUCCACAUUCAGGUCACCUGUUACAUGAAAUCUCCAGGGCAAGCUGGCCCUUCAUGCAACCUAAUUACUGUGAAUAUUUAUGGCUUACCUGAUUUAGUUCAAAGGAAAAAUGUAUGCAGUCAGGGACUGUGAGUGAAGCACGUGAUAACAGAGAAUCUUUGUCUGUCUUUAGGUUGGACCUUUACUGAAAACCAUGAUCAACGGCCGAUAUGAUCAGGGUCUGAGUUAGAGUCGGCUACCCUGAACGCUUUGGGAACUGAACGUGUGUGUGUGUGUGCAAGAGAGACUGCUGCGUGUGGUUUCCUCAUUUUGACUCUGGAGUUAAGUAAUGCUGCAUGGCAAAAUGCAGCCAUCUCGAAACCGUUCUGCUUCAGUCUUCAAGUGCCAUGGUCAUCGCAAAUACGAUCACAGAAAAUGAAUCCUUACGAGGAAGACGUCUCUUUCCUCAUGAUAUGGAGGAAGAAGCCUCAUUUUACUCAAGUCUGAAUACAUAUUAGUGAAUUCUCUGUUCUCCCAACAUUAUCAUAAUUCAAGCUUGUGGGUAUCUGGUUGCAUUCUCUUAACAGUUUUAAAUUUGUGGGUUUUAUUUUUGAAAAACCACGUUAUUCUGGCCCCUGAUGGAUGGGUUAAAGGGGUUAUAUAUUAUAUACAACACGCAUUGGCUUCAUACGGUUAGUAUCUUUCUCAUUCUCAUAAUAUAUAUCACAUAAUAUCACAGUGGUGGGCUGACAACUUAAAAGGACAAUAUUUUACAUCUUAAUCACGGACAGCUUUAAAAGGGAUUUCAUUACAACCGUAGAUUUUUGUGGAAUAACUCUCCAUGUAAUCUGGAUUAUCUCUACGCCCACCUGUACAGUUAAAGUCAGUGAUGAUCAGUUUCUUGGUAGAGAGGGUUGGUUUGAGUAAUAAAACACAUGUGCAGUGAUUAAAGCUGUGAUGAAACAUGAUCAAAACUAUGUUUGGGUGUGGAGACAGAGGGGUCAUUUAUUCAGCUGAAGGAGUGUGUGACUGCUGUCAGCUAAAUUGUUUUAGCUGAGUGAAUGCUGUUUUGUUUUAUUUAUGCUUUUGCUUGUUUGAAUUAUAUUUCAAGGACUUUCUUGAAUGUGCAUCCUUAUCUGUUAGAACUUGAGAGGGCAUUGAAAAUGAUUGAAAACACUGCAGUUCCAGGUGCAAAUGCAGUUAAAUAAAAAAAUAAAUUACUGUAAGUUAAAGUAUUUACAGGCAAUAUUUGCGUGGGAGUUUAACACUUCAAAUUAAGAAUGGUUACAGUAGACUGCUUAAAUGAUUUAUUUUAAUAUUAACAAACUGAUGUAAGACAUUCUGCUGUGACGCAGUUCAUUUAUCAACCAUUGCAGUGCACCAUCUAGUGGUCAAGUUUGCAGUUGCAUGCUAAGCUUGAUGUGUAAUUUACCUGGUCCUUACAAAGUACUGGCUUCAUCCAGAUAUUCAGUAUGUUAUAUGUUAAGUCCAGCUGAUAGAAUGAUGCUGCGUUGUGUAGAAAAGUCUACUUCUUUUUGAAAACUUGCACUUACUCCUAUGAUUACUGUGGGUUUACAGAAACGCACUUAUUCGAACCACCAUGCAGCCAUAUUGUGAAGACUUCAGAGGUGUUUACACUGUAAAGUGCUCUCUUGAACUGUUGAAAAAAGUUCAUUAAACAAAAACAGGAAGUUUUUCGAAAGUUGCGCUAUAUGUGCCAAACCAGUAAAUAGAAAUCUCCAUUUUGAGAAAGCAAGCUGAACCGGUUGACAGUAGAUUACAAAGUAGAAAUAAAACCAGCCAGCACAUGAGGGUCACUGGUUUUUCUUAUGUUUUGUAAGAGUAAGGUUAAAGGUUCAUCAUCUAAACUGUCAGUCCCUGCAGAUACAGUGUAGAAAUAUUCCAGAUUGCUUAGAAUUGGUCAUAAUAGAAGAUUGAUUUUUCUUGUUUUUGGCCUCUAUUGCUUAGUUAAAUCCUGUUUACUAUUGUGUGCCUUGCUUGAGAAUGGCGUGGCACUUACUGUUGCAAGGACUUGAUUUUUAAGGUUAAGGUUUUAUUUAAUGGUUAAAAUGUUUGCUUUCAAACUGGCAUUAAACAGCUUUAAAGUUUGAGCUGACAAGGGUUCAUAGAGACACAGGCAUGUUUUAAUUGCUGAAUGACGGUCAUUUUUGUUUUGGACAUACAGUAUGUGCUUUCCUUGUCCCUCUGAUUAAAGUUUGUCAAGCUCUUAGGAA